UCUCUGCAGCGACGGGUCCCCCGCCAGGCCAGGCCGAAAGUUAGGCUGACUCAUUAAUGUGGACACUGCAAGGCGCACCUACGCUGACCUUUCUGCCUCUAAUGGGCUCCUCCCGAAUGAAGUCGGAGCUGGGCGGGCACAGCCGGGCUCAGGACCUCGCAGACAGCGACCAUCAAGCCAGCCGGCGACACUCCACAUUUCCACGUCCAUUUCACAGAGGAAGAAACUGAGGCUCCCGGACUUAGGAGAACGCAAGCGCCAGGGAGAAUGAAGUCUGGGUUUCCGGUGGUGACACCAGACGUUUCCACGGGUCGGGUUGGCCGGGUGAGAGGGGAAAGCGGCGGGUAAAUAUUUGGGGCUGUAACCCGGGCUCCGGCGGCAGCUAGUCACUGCGGUUCCCGGCGGGCGCGUGGCGGGGGCGGUGCCUGUAGGCGGGGCGGCCCCGCCCCAGCCCGCUGCAGCCGGCCCAGGCCGGGGCGGCUAUAAGAGCGCGGGGCAGCGGGGAUCCCGGCCGCCGGCAGCUCGCCAUCGGGCGGAGGAGCAGCGCGCGCGGGUGCGCACGGAGGCGAACCCCACUGUCCGCUCUCGGUCCUUGCCGGCGCCUCGGGGGGCCGAGCCCAGCCGCUCCAUGAAGCCCCCCACGGUGCAGGGCAGCUCCGCGGCUGCAGCCCCGGCCUUGGACGCGGCGGCCGCCGACCUGACGGACGCGCUCUGCGAGUUCGAUGCGGUGCUGGCCGACUUCGCGUCGCCCUUUCACCAGCGCCACUUCCACUACGAGGAGCACCUGGAGCGCAUGAAGCGGCGGAGCAGCGCCAGCGUCAGCGACAGCAGCGGCUUCAGCGACUCGGAGAGUGCAGAUUCACUUUACAGAAACAGCUUCAGCUUCAGUGAUGAAAAACUAAAUUCUCCAACAGAUUCUGCCCCAGCUCUGCUCUCUCCCUCCCUCACACCUCGGAAAGCCAAAUUAGGAGACACAAAAGAGCUAGAAGACUUUAUUGCUGAUCUGGACAGAACAUUAGCAAGUAUGUGAACUAAGGAGUUCUUACCAUGUAAAAGAAGCUUCACAAAACUCCAAGAACCUGCAAAACUCAGCUACUAGAAAAUCAGCUGCUGCCAGAGGAAGGAGAGAGAAAUCCUCAACCACCAGGCCAUGCUUAAGCCCACCCCAAGAUUAGCUCUUGGGUCUACCUCUGGGCAAUUCAAACAGUGAGACUGACUUUGUUUACCUACGUGCAACGUAUUAGAACAGAUGAUCUAUGCUAAUGUUAUAUUUUUCUCUUAAAACAUAGCUUUUCUGUAAUUUAAAGUGCUUUUAUGAAAAUAUUUGUAAUUAAUUAUAUAUAGUUGGAAAUAGUAAUAUGCUUUCCCCAUUAUAAUAUAUUUUUGUAUACAAAUAAAAUUUGAACUGGA